AUGCGAGUCUGGCUGCGUCCAACACCACCUCUGAAUGAAAAGAAGCCCUCCAAAGAAAAAAAUUGCAUCGUGGAAAAACAUCUAACAGUUGGCGAAGAAUUAGGAGGAGAGUUCGGUGAAGAAAUCAACCAGGAAUCCGUUCAGGAAUCCGACCAAGAGUCUGAUGUAGAGCUUGAUCAAGAAUCAAGGGAAGAAUCAGAGGAAGAAUCCGACCAACAGUCUGACCAAGUUUCUGAUCAAGUUUCUGAUCAAGAGCCCGAUCAAGAAGAGUCUGACAAACAGUCCGACAAAAAUUCUGAUAAAGAAUCUGACGAGCUACUUGGUAAACCAUUGAGCAAGCCAUUUAGUGAGCAAUUCGAUGAACAGUUUGACGAGCAAUUCAACGAGCAACUUGACCAGCAACUUGACCAGCAACCCGAUGUGCAACCUGAUAUGCAAUCCGAUAUGCAAUCUGAUGCACAAACCGAUGCACAACUUAACGAGCAGCUUGAUGAGCAACCAGACGAAGAUCCUCAUGAAGAGCUUGACCCAAGAUCUAACGAGCAACUCAGUGAGCAAUCUGGCGAAGAGGUUACAGAACAGCGCUUAGAGAAGAGCAAAAGUGCAAAGAGGUCCUGUCUUGGCUUUGAGAAGUGCUUGUUAAUGUAG